AUCUUUAACAUGUUUAUUGUUUAAUCUGAGACUUUCCUUUAUGCCUUCGUUAUUUGGUCGUGGUCCCUUUAAGAAUCUUAGGUUUCGGUAUAGAGUUAUGCCAUGUGAUUGAGGAAGCGAGCAUGUUCAGCAGAGAGUAGCUUUCGUAGCAUUUUUUUGAAGCUUACUGUUAUAUUGCAUACUUCUUGCAUCUGUUUUAGCAUCGUGGUUUCACCUUUCCUCACAACGUCAAUAAACCUGUGGACGAGGAGCUUAUGUCUUCAGAGUCUUGAUGUUAGGGAAAAGUUUACCUGGCUGUCACGUUAUAUCCAGUACAUAUAGCAAGGGCAGCACAGUGAAACCACGUUGGCUUAAGACAGGAUUGUGCAAUGCAAGCUGGCAGUUAAUGGUAAAAUAGACUACUUAACUUCGCUAUGGCAACAGAUAACCAUUCAAUAAAGACACGCUCUCAUGCUUCCUGCUCUUCAGUACGAUCAAGUACAUCGUCAACUGGGUCUGCAGCAGCUAAGGCAAGAGCAAGGGCAGAAGCAGCAAAAGCACGUCUUACCUUUGCCGAAGAGGAAGUUAAUCUAAAGCUACAAAAGGCCAGAGUGGAGGCAUCUAUGGAAGUGCUACAGCAUAAGAAGGAGGCAGCUGCAGCAGUCGCCGAAGCAGAGGCGCUUGAAGCUGCUAUUGACGAAAAUGCUGAGAAACACAGUUGUGUGCUAAGUGUGAAUUCUGCCCCUCUGGAAGCCAAACAACGCACUGAACAAUAUAUUAUUGAUCAAACGGAAGUGCAAGAGACAGAACUGUAUCAUGUCCCAGCUAAAAUAGAACCAAUCACAAGUUACGGCAUCCCAUCUUCAUGUCUCAAACCUGAAGCCAAACCUUUCCUUUCACGCCAUGCAAGUGUUGCCUUCCAACCACCUGCUACCACCUCACAACAGCCAAGCACCUAUGAAAACGAGUAUGUUCAUAACUCAUGCGAAGCUGGAUUUGAGAAUAACAAUUCAACACCCUUGCAACGUUUUAGGCAAAAUAGCAAUGGUUAUCCGACUCCUCAGCCCUACCCUAUUUCCCCAAAUUCAAACAACUGCAGCUCAAACAUGAAUGACUUUGUAAGAUUUCUUGCUCGUCGUGAGCUAGUGGCAACAGGUUUACUGCAGUUUAAUGACAAACCUCAGAAUUACAGAGCCUGGAAACGUUCUUUUCAGUCUGCAACUGCUGAUUUAAACCUGACUUCUAGUGAAGAGAUGGAUCUCCUUCUAAAGUGGCUUGGCAAGGAGUCUGCAGAGCAUGUUGAACAGAUAAGGGCAAUACACAUCAACCAUCCACAAGCAGGACUGGCUAUGGCAUGGGACAGACUGGAUCAAGCGUAUGGCUCUACGGAAGUAAUAGAAGAUGCCCUAUUCAAACGUAUUGAUGCCUUUCCUAAAAUAACCAACAGAGAUUAUUCUAAACUGACAAAAUUGAGUGAUCUGUUAAUGGAGCUUCAGUCAGCUAAGGCAGAAGGAGACUUGCCAGGUCUUGCUUUCUUAGACACUGCAAGAGGUGUCAAUCCGAUAGUACAGAAGCUACCGUUUCGUUUGUAAGAGAGAUGGGCAUCAGUCGGCGCAGCCUACAAGCGUCAAAAUCGUGUUCCUUAUCCCCCCUUUGCCUUCUUUGUGGAUUUUGUUUGCCAAGAGGCAAGCAUUGGAAACGAUCCAAGCUUCAACUUUGUCUCUCAAAUAGACUUGACUCCCAAAAUGGAGAAGACAGCUUGGAGGCCCAACAAACAACGAGAAAUUUCUGUACACAAGACAGCGGUAUAUUCAAGAGUUGCCAAUGAUGCUAGGGAGCUUUCAAAAAAAUCUGAUGAUUACGAUAAACAGUGUCCUAUUCAUAGAAAACCGCACCCUCUAAAUAAAUGCCGCGUUUUCCGGGAAAAGCCGUUUGAUGAUCGCAAGGCUUUUUUAAGAGAGAAUAAUGUGUGCUUUAAAUGCUGUGUUUCGACAUCACAUAUUGCAAAAGACUGUAAGACUAAAGUCCAAUGUUCUGAAUGCAAAAGCGAAAGACACCACACUGCGCUCCACCCUGGGCCUGUACCCUGGAGAGAUGAAGGCCCUGCUAUGGAGCACGGCGGGGAGGGAGAGGAAGUCUUACCUCAAUCUCAAGUCACCAGCAAAUGUACAGAGGUCUGCGGAGAAAAUCAGAUGGACCGUUCUUGCUCUAAAAUAUGCCUUGUUAAAGUAUUCCCAGCUGGCCGUAG